UUUAAAGAAUAGAAAACAGUAUCAGAUUACUGCCGAGUCUGGCAAGGGUAAAAUAUUCGUGUCGGACUCCAACGCCCCAAGAUCAGAGACAAGGUAGACAAAGAGGAUUGGCUUCGGUUCGUUGAGAUUAAGGCUGUAGUUGUGAUUGUGUGCACGCUCGUUAAUGGAUUUGUCAUGGCUGAGUGCCUUUCUAGUUGGUGCCGGGUGCUUAGCUUUGGGGUACCUAACCGGAACUCGCCACCGUGCUCACUCUAUUGUUGUUAAACAAAACCCUGCAGCUUUCGCCGUCGAUCGAAACAAGGGACCCCUCGACAUCGAAAAGCUCGCAGACAUCGUCGAAGACUUCAAAAUGGUAUUGGUUGUGAGGAACGACUUGAAAAUGGGUAAAGGAAAGAUUGCUGCUCAAUGCAGCCAUGCUACUUUGGGCCUUUACAAGAAGCUCCUUCAUAGAGCUUCAAAAGCUUUGGGCAGGUGGGAAAUGUGUGGGCAAGUUAAAGUUGUUUUGAAAUGUGAAAGUGAAGAAGAUCUGUUGAUUUUACAAGGAAGGGCUAAGUCACUCAAAUUACCAACCCAUAUUACAAUUGAUGCAGGGAGAACUCAGAUUGCACCAAAUUCACGGACAGUGAUGGCUAUUCUUGGACCUGCCGUUUCCGUUGAUAAUGUAACUGGUGGACUGAAGCUUUUGUAGUGAAUUAGUGAUAACCCAUUGGAGUUUUGAGUUCAGAAAUAUACAUGUUUUUAAGGCCUUUGGUUCGCCUUGUUCUUUUUCUUUUAUUAUUAUUUUUUUAAUUUCUUUGGGACUCAAUGGGGUUCUAUGAGCCUCAAAUGCAUCAUGUUAAUGACAAAUCCUGUAUUAUUGAGAUCUAUAUCAUGUAAAAACCAUAUUUCAAAAUUACCCAAUGUUGUUCUUGGGCCUCUUGGCUAUCUGGGUUCGUAGGAGGACGAAUUGUACUUGA